AUGUGUAUUUGCUUAUCCGAUCUAUUCCUCAUCGUCCUAUCGGUGUUCUUCCCACCGUUGCCAGUAUGGAUACGCCGAGGCCUAUGUUCCAAGGACUCGCUCAUAAACGUGCUCUUGAUGAUAUUGGGCUACUUCCCCGGCUUGAUACAUUCAUGGUACAUCAUCGCCAAGUAUCCACCGUAUUGGCACGAACAUGAAAGCAAAGUAUACUAUGUUUACCGUGACGAUCUAGAACACCAGUCGGGGCCCCCGGGCGGUGGAGGUAGGGGUAGGGGUAGAGGUAGAAGUAGAAGAGAACAACUCGUUGGUCCUCAAGGUGCCCCCGGGCAUGUGCCAGGCGGCGGAUCGACUCCACAUUGCCAUCAUCAUCAUCAUUGCCCCGAUGAAAAUACCGUUAUUAGAACCGAACCACAGAGAAGCAAUGCGCAAUUCACUUAUGGCGCCGUCAAUGAAGGAAGCAGUAGUCAGGGUCUUUUCGAGAAUAGCAGAGCUGGCGAUGCGAGCCUGAGUCUGAAUUUGAAUCUGAAUCUGAACUCGGCUCCUCCGGCUUAUACUGAAUUUGACAACAAGACUCAGCGCUAG